AAUCCGAUCCUGUGUGGCCUCCUCUAUUCUCAAGUCUCCAAAGUUUGCUCCGAAGGCAGACAUAACAAAACAAAAGCGAAAAACUCUCUGGUUCCUAUCGCCUGCCGUCGGACCGGUCUGUAGUUUUCUUAUCUUAUGGCGAUGUGUGUCGAAGACAGGAUCAGUAGUUUUCCGGAUCCUAUUCUUUGUCAUAUUUUGUCAUUCCUUCCCAUUAAAGAAGCAGUUCGAACCUCUAUUAUUUCAACCAAGUGGAGAUACCUCUUUGCUUCAAUGUCUACCAUUGAAUUUGAUGCUUGUUCAAUGAGUGGUUUGACUGACAGAAAUAUUGACAGCUUCAAGAACUUUGUUGAUAGGUUAUUGAAAUCCCCCGAUCAGGUAAGAUUAGAUUGCUUUAGGCUAAGUCAUAUGAUUUGUUCAUGGAAUGAUUGGAAUGAUGGAGAUCAUGAUUUUGAUAUCUCUGGUUGGAUAUGUGCUGCAUUGUGCCGUGGUGUUAAGGAAAUUGAUUUGCAGUUAAGUUAUCGUGAGGAUAUUUUACCAGCUGUUUUAUUCACUUGCGGCUCACUGGUGACACUGAAAUUGGAUGCAGUAGGUCAUAAUUUUAAGUUCCCAUCUGACGUUUGUUUAGGGAAUCUGAAGACUUUGCACUUUAGAGACUCAUUUUUCGGUGAUUCCGUUCUUAGGUUCAUUUCCAAUUGCCAUGUCUUAGAAGAUUUGGCUUUUAUUGAAUGUGAUUUUUAUACAAGUGACAUCAAUAUCCAAACUCCUUCGCUUAAGAGAUUUAUUUUAGAUUUUAAUCUCGGAGAAUUCGCAGAUUUAAAGUAUGUGGUGGUGAUUAAUGCUCCAAAUCUUGUUUAUUUUCAAUAUACUGACGCUGUAGCUCAAGGUUAUACUUUGAGUACCAUGAAGUCUCUAGAAAAAGCUCAUAUUAAAAUCUGCGGGUUUGAUACGAUUGAUUCUCAAGCAAUUGCAGCUCAUCUUAUUCAAGGAAUUUGCAAUGUACGGUCUCUACGUUUAAGCAUUAAUGAAGGGGUUAGUAAACUUUGUAUUCAUGUGUUUUUUUCGUUUUUAACAUUAUAGUAUAAAUCCAAGUUUGUGUGUGCAGAUUUUCCGACCAAGUUCUUGUGUGCAGAUUUUCCGAACAAGUCAACUUCCUAUAUUUCACAACCUUAUUGAAUUCGAAUUUCUUGGUCGUGGUUUUAAUGGGAGAGAAAUUUGGCUUGUAAAGUUUCUACAUCGUAUACCUAAUCUAAAAACACUUACCCUCAAUUUUCCGGUAUGAAAUCUUUGUAUAUGUACAUGUAUUUGUUGCAGUUGAUUGUUUUAGUGUCAAUUACAUCCACAAUUACAUAAACUUACAAGAAAUCAAAAGCAUGUUUGAGAUCACCUAAAUUCAAGGUACAAACCAAAUAACUUCUUUUUCUUUUUGUCAUGAGUUUAGGUUGUUGCGGGAGCUCAAUGGAAGGCUUUAGAAGUUCCUUCUUGUUUGUCAUUUCACCUCAAAGAGAUUAAAAUUUCAUGCUUCAACACACAUAUGAUUGAA